UAUUACAUAAUAUACAAAAUCUAAAAAAUGUAUAUUAAUUUAGAAAUUUUUUGUGGAAUAGCGCUUAUUGCUAUUACGUUUUACUACUAUUUAACAGUUAAUAAUAAUUUUUGGAAAAAUCGUGGAAUACCUGGACCAGAACCCAUUUUGGGAUUCGGCAGUAUGAAAAAUGUAAUAUUUGGAAAGGAAUCGAUUUCACAAUUUCUCACAAGGAUGUACAACGAAUAUAAGAACGAACCAAUGAUUGGAAUAUUUAGACUAAAAACACCUGCUUUGAUCAUCAAAGAUCCAGAUCUCAUAAAAACUGUCUUAAUUAAAGACUUUUCAAAAUUCAUGAAUAGAGGAUUAUUGCCAAUUAUCUCAGGAGAACCAAUAUCCCAUCAUCUUUUUGCUUUAGAGGCAAAAAGAUGGCAGCCAUUAAGAAAACAUCUUACAUCAGGAUUUACAAGUAACAAACUUAAAGGAAUGUUCUACUUGAUUCACGAAUGUUCUAAGCAACUCGUAAACUAUAUGGAUACCUUAGUAAGGAAAGAAGAACCUGUCAAUGUGCGAGAAGUUGCCGCUAGAUUUACCACAGAUGUCGUUGGUAGCUGUGGUUUUGGCGUAGAAAUGAAUUCAUUGUCAGAAAAAGAAAGCGAAUUUCGGCGACUUGGAAAAAGUAUCUUUAACACAAGUUUCCAGAAAAUAAUAAUAGAUAGAAUCAGAGAAUUGACGCCACAGGUGUACAAUUUUCUUCUUUAUAUAUUGCCAUUAGAUAGAAUAUCGCCAAAAAUUCUGAAACUAACGAAGGAGACAAUAGAAUAUAGAAAAAAGUAUGAUAUCUUUAGACCUGAUUUUAUGAAUAUAAUAUUAGAACUUAAGAAUCAUCCAGAAAAAAUUAAUUUCGAUAUAACAAAUGAAUUAUUAGCGGCUCAAGUAUUUAUUUUUUUCACGGCUGGUUUUGAAACUUCUUCAACAUUGAUGAGCAAUGCUCUUUACGAACUCGCUUUGAAUCCUGAUAUUCAGCAUAAAUUACGAGAGGAGAUUAAAGAAUUUGAAUCGAAAAACGAUGAAGAAUGGAAAUAUGAAACCAUUAAAAAAAUGGAUUAUUUGGAAAAAGUAAUUCAAGAAACUUUAAGAAAAUAUCCAUCUGUGCCAUUUUUGAAUAGAGAAUUAAUUGACGAUUAUACUUUCGAAAGUAAUAAAGUGACAAUUCCAAAAGGAUUAAAAAUAUGGAUACCCACUUACGCCAUUCAUAACGAUCCAGAUAUUUAUCCAGAUCCAGAAAAAUUUGAUCCUGAAAGAUUUUCAGAGGAUGAGAUAAAACAAAGACAUCCUAUGCAUUUUUUACCUUUUGGACAUGGACCAAGAAAUUGCAUUGGUGCACGAUUUGCCGAAUAUCAAACAAAAAUUGGAUUGAUAUAUAUUCUUCGUAAUUUCAAACUUGAUGUUUGCGAUAAAACAUUAAUUCCUUAUAAACUUGAUCCACGUGGAUUACUUUUAAUUCCUUUUACGGAUUUAUAUUUGAAGAUAACUAGAUUGACGAAUUAA